AUGUCUGGUGAUAACGAUGGUAUUGUACAUCGUCCUGGUGUAUUGAAACAGCAAAAUAAACCAUUUAAAUCUGGUCGACAUCGUUCAAAUGGAGAAAUUAAACGAGCAUCAAAAGGUCGUGUUAAUGUUAAAUUAUUGACAAAACAACGUGGUAAACAAAAACGUCUAGAAACAAAACAAGAUCGUUUAAAUAAAGCACAACAAAUAAGAAAACAAAAACGUGAAGAUUAUUUCAAUCAAAGAAGAAAUAUUGGAGCAUUAGAUGGCGUACCACAUAUUGUUACCAUUGUUCCAUUAUCAGCUGAUAUUGAUUCAUUUACAAUAAUUCAACUUUUAACAUCAAUUUAUGACGAUAAAUCAACCGAAGUAGCAACGGAUUGCGGUGCAAGAAUAUACACAUGUCCAAAAUUACGUUCAAAAUUUUGUUUUCUCUCACCUGAUCGUACAUGUUUAGAAAAUGUUCUUGACGCAGCGAAAAUGUCUGAUUCAGUUUUGUUUUUAAUAUCAGGGAGUGGUUUAGAUAAUGAAGGUGAUUACUUAUUGGAUUUAAUCCAUUUACAUUGUUUACCAAAUUCCUUAUAUAUACUCAAUGGUUUAAAAGACAUUCAACCGGCUAAACAACAAACUUCAACAUUCAAAAUUAUCGAAAAUACAUUAGUGAAACGAUGUUCGGAUGCAAAAUUAUUAAAAUUAGAUUCCGAAUUAGAGGGUCAACUUAUUCUAAGAAAACUAACUGAACAAAAAAUGUCUUUACCACCUUUUCGAAAACAACGACCCUAUAUAUUUGCUGAGUCAUUAACCUAUCAGCAAACAGCCGUAAGUGAAAUAUACUAUUUUAUCCAUCAUAGUUCAAUUUAUAUUUAUGAUAAUAUUGAUUUUUAUACUCAGGAAUCGACAAGUGCCUCAUUAACUGGUUCCACAUUGAAAAUUAGCGGUUAUAUUCGUGGUACAAGUUUAUCGCCAAAUUCAUUAGUUCAUUUGCCUGGUUUAGGCACAUUUCAAAUUGAAAAAAUUGAUCUAAUAGAUUUUGAGAGAGGCGCUGAUGGUAUUGUAAAACCCGUAGUCACUUCAACAUUAACACCUGAUCCUGAAAAACAAACAUCAUUAACUGAAGAAGCUGAACAUGAUCCAAUGGAUAAUGAACAAACGUGGCCAACAACAGAAGAAUUAGAAAAAGCACAAGGUGAACGUCAUCAAGUUAAAAAACGUGUACCAAAAGGUACGUCAGAAUAUCAAGCUGCAUGGAUGGUAUCAGAUGAAGAAGAUGGAGAGCAGGACGAAGACGAUAUUAAAGAAGAAGACGAAGAAGAUGGUGAAAUGAUGCCGGAUGAUAUUGGUUCAAUGAAAUUAGAUGAUGAUAUUAAUGAAGAGAAUAGUGUGAAAGAUAUAAACGAAAAAGAAGAUGAUACUGAAGAAAUGGAAGAUAUUAUCUUGAAUGAUGCUGGAUAUGAUGAAAAAAUGGAUUUGGAAGAAGAUAAAGAAACACUAGAAAAGUUGAAACAAGCUAAAAUCGAUGAACAAUUUCCAGAUGAAAUUGAUACACCACUUGAUAUUCCAGCUCGAGUUCGAUUUCAAAAGUAUGGUUUAAAAAGUUUUCGUACAACAAAAUGGGAUCCGAAAGAAAAUUUACCAGCAGACUAUUCUCGAAUAUAUCAAUUUCCAAAUUUUCGUCAUAUGGUUAAACAUAUUCAACAAGAACAAGAACAAAACGAAGAUGAUGAAUCGAAGGCACAAGUCAAUACAUAUGUUAAUUUAUAUUUGAAAAAUGUGCCUGUUGUUCGUUUUGCUCCUGGACGUCAUGUAUUUUUAAUUGGUUUAUUACCAUAUGAACAAUGUUUAUCUGUAUUAAAUUUUGUUUUACAUCGUACACUAGCAUCAUCGGAGAGUAACCAGAUUCUAAAAUCAAAAGAAAAAUUAAUAUUUCAUGUUGGAUUUAGAAGAUUUAGAGCGGGAACAAUUUUUUCACAACACACAAAUGGAACUAAACAUAAAUUUGAACGUUAUUUUCGUCCAAAUCAAAUAUUAGUUGGUACAUGCUAUGGACCAAUCACAUAUCCACCAGCAGCUGUAUUAGUAUUUAAAGAACAUUCUGAUGGUACACAAGAACUAGUAGCACAUGGUACACUAAUGUCAGUAAAUCCUGAUCGAAUUGUAUUGAAACGACUUGUAUUAAGUGGACAUCCAUUAAAAAUUAUGAGAAAAUCAGCAGUUGUUCGAUACAUGUUUUUUACUCCAGAGGAUGUGAACUGGUUUAAACCCGUUGAAAUUCGUACAAGAUUGGGCAGACGUGGACAUAUUAAAGAAUCACUUGGUACUCAUGGACAUAUGAAAUGUCAGUUUGAUGGUAUCAUGAAAUCUCAAGAUACAAUUUUAAUGAAUUUAUACAAGCGUGUCUUUCCAAAAUGGACGUAUGAGCCACUUGUAGAUGAAAAUUAUCAACUGCAAAAAACAAUCAAAGAAAAAGACGAGCAAAAUACAAUAAUGCCACGAGAAAAUAUUCCUAAGCAAUCACUUAAAAAACUUGAACAGUUUUUCACAAAAACGUUGGAUACCAAUAAUGAUGGUUUAGUUAAUUGGACAGAUUUCGAAGCAGCUAUUGAAUCUAUUGUUCCCAAAGAAGAUGCCGCGCGUAAUGCUCGUUUGAAAGUGUUACGUAAAAGAUUGGAACAACAUUUUCAGAAAUAUUUUUGGGAUUUAUGCGCAGUUGGUGAUGCAAAUAAUGAUGGAAACAUUGAUUUAGAGGAAUGGCUGAAUGUAAUGAAUGAUAUUAUUCGUGGCUUAAAAGAUAAAAAUGAAUUUCCCGAAUGGUACGAAGGUCUUCACAAAGCAUUGUAUAGAGCAACAGAAUUUUUAGAUGAACGUUCAGCAACAAAAGAUGAAUUUGUUGGUAUGCUUAUGUUAUGGGAUAUCGAUGAAACUGCAGAUUAUACAUCAUUCGAUGCAGAAUUUCAUGCUGAUUACGAAUAUCAGGUUCGUUUUGUACGAAAACGUUCCUGGAAAUGA